GUAGCCUAAAGGGUGGGGUGCCAAACCCAAAUCCCCUCAGGCUGCUGAGGCCUGUGGUGUUGGGAACUUGAGGCAGACAAACAUGUCGAUCAAGCAAAGACUUCCAAACCUGAUACGCACUCUCCGCAAUGAACAACCUCUCAAGCCUCAACAAAACCAUGCCUUACCUUCUCUCCGUCGCGCUUUCUCUCUCUACGAUCAGAUCAACGUCAUUGACAAACUCCCCGAUGACCAGCUUCGCUUUCAAGGGUAUAGUGAUACGGGGUUUACUGUAAAUAGAGUUGAAUAUGAAGGAAGCUUGCUUUGUGUUGGAAAUUUGCUCUUGUCUUGGAAACCCAACAAGUUUUCAGAAAUCACUGCUGAUAGCUUGUCACUCUUCCAAAUUGUUCGCCCUAUUCCAGAGAUACUGAUUCUUGGCUGUGGAAGGAACAUUCAGCCUGUAGAUCCUGAACUUAGAAAGUUUAUUCGGUCUACCGGCAUGAAGUUAGAAGCUGUUGACUCGAGAAAUGCUGCAUCAACUUACAACAUACUGAAUGAAGAAGGUCGUAUUGUGGCUGCUGCGCUUCUUCCGCAUGGUGUUUCUUCAUGAAACUUGGACUCCCUCCAAUGGUCACGUCCACCCCCACUAAAAUCUUAUCCUGAAUCCUUGAGAAAUGCUUUGGUUUUCCAUGUAGAAAGUUUUGACAUAUCAAUAGGACAUUGUCAAUUUAGCUCAGAAGAGUGCUUUGAUGUCUGAUGACAUUUUCAAAUGUAAUAAGGAUAAUUACAAUGUAUAGACUUCAGCUCUUUACAGAUCCAUGCAAGUUUGGCUUCUAGUUAGUGGCUGUUUGGUUUUAA